AUGCCUUCUCAACAGCAUCCAAGAGCACAAUUCGUACCUCUUUCACCUAAUAUUGAUCUCGACGCUCUAGUCGAGGAUAAUGCGAGCUUCGACCAUGUCCGCAGACUUCCUCAGUCUGACCUAGAAGCACACACUGUACAAAGUUUGGAACAAUUAGUAUAUUCAUAUGUUGUCCAAGAAGGUCGACCUCUGAUUCUUGAAGGAUGGGGCUCAUACAUGCCACCAUGGUUAUACUCGUCGAAAUGGCUAGAGGAGAAUUUGGGCAGAGAGGUACAAAAGGUUCGAGAUAUUACCAGCGGCAUUGAUGUUCAAAUGACUAUGGGUCAUUACCUACGUUCUAUGGGCCAACUAGCGAAUCAGUUUACCCCUCAAACUUACCGGGACCCAAAACGACAGCGAUUAUACCUAAAAGAUAUUGAUUGCCCUACUGAAUGGGAAGAAAAUUUAAAAGACGUUUUGCCGGAAGCCUUUUUUUAUCUAAACGAUUGUAUCGAGUCGCGGACUGGUGGUGAUGGAGCAAUCCGCGAACCUAAUGAAUUUGGCCAGAUGCGAUUUGGAAAAGGAGUUGCGCCUGCAGGUGAUCUAAUGAGCAGUCUUCCGACAGAUAUGCGAGCUUUGAAUAUGAUGUGUUACAUUGGUCACGAAGGUACUUACACUCCAGCUCACAGAGAAAUGUGCGCAAGCUUGGGACACAAUCUCAUGGUUGAAACUUCGGGUGAAAGUGAUGGGGAAAUCCCUGGCAGUUCGAUUUGGUUCAUGACAGAAUCUAAAGAAAGAGAGAUGGUAUCGGAAUGGUUCGUUUCCAAACUUGGCCAUGAUAUAGAAGUUGAAAAGCAUUUUGCCCAACUGAACGCCUGGAGAAAAGCCCCAUUCAAUGUCUGGGUCACAGAGCAAAAGGCUGGUGAUCUAAUUUUGAUUCCGCCCCUUGCUCCUCACCAGGUUUGGAAUCGUGGAACUCGAACGAUGAAAGCUGCAUGGAAUCGAACCACUGUAGAUACGCUUGAGCUUGCCAUCCAUGAAGCUCUUCCUCGUGCCCGUCUCGUUUGUCGCGAUGAACAAUACAAGAAUAAGGCUAUCAUUUAUUACACCCUAGAUAAGUACUAUCGCCUGCUUUCACGAGAUACGGUGGAGCCAAAGAUGUGGAUGAGACCUGGAAGUCGAAUUAGGCAGGUUAUGGAAGAUUUCAAACGUUUGUUUAAAUUAUACACAGAAGUACUGAUCAGUGAGCUGUUUUCUCGCUCGUGCCCUGAGAAGAACGUGGAAUUUAUUCAAUACGAUUCAAACGUUACUUGUUCAUAUUGUCGAUGCAAUAUCUUCAAUCGUUUCUUGACAUGCAAGUCAUGUAUUCUCACAGCUCCUACAGGAGAGGAAGAUACCUAUGAUAUUUGUAUGGAAUGUUACGCCAUGGGUCGUUCUUGUGCUUGCAUCUCUUGUUUGGAGUGGGUCGAGCAAUGGAAGGAAGAUGAACUUAAAGAAAACUAUGAACUAUGGCGCGGUGUGGUAUUAAAUUUUGAACCUCUUCACGAAGGUUCACCUAAACCCUUAGAGGAGGAAAGGGGCAGAAUUGGCAGGAAAACUGUUGCUCAAAUAUGUCAAGAACAACUUGCCAUCCGGCCAUGGAAAGACAUCACUAAACCAGAUGUAAUAGAGCCGUUAGAUGGUGAGUCGGAUGUUGAGCCAGAAGCUGAUGAUGAAGGGCGCCUAAAAAAACCAUAUAGAAAGCCUUCUAGAAGAGGUAGAAUUCAAGCCACUAAAAACAAGACAAGUGCUUGUCAUAUCUGCUGCAAUCAUCAUUGGAAUUGGCAAUCCGCCCACUGUACCACUUGCUCCUCAUCCUAUUGCUAUGGAACUUUAUGGCGAGCCUUUGACAUGAUGCCUCAAACAGUAAUGGAGAUGGAAAACUGGGAGUGUCCAAAAUGCCUGAAGAUGUGCUCAUGCGCAAAAUGUCGGAGAGAUGCGAAACAAACACCAUAUACUCCCAAGGGGACACUCCUUGGACAUGAUACCAAAAAGGUAGCCGACUACAGGAGUGUUGAGAGUCUAGUUGAUUUUUCCAAAACAAAUCUUACUUGGUUGAGACACGAAGAUGAAAAUCUGCCAAAUUCUGAAGAAACCGGAAGAAUGAGGAGGCUGCGAGAGAAAGCUGAAAGGGAUAAAGCACAGGAGCAUGUUAUUGAUAAUAGUUACUUGGGAUAUGAGGAAGAAGCUUUCUACCGAGCGGACGAACCAGAGGAUACCCAUUUGAACGAUAUGGCAGACAUCGACCCUUCACUUCGUGAUGACUCAAAUCAAUCAGCCCAACAUCAAAUCAACGGAUUCCAUCCAUCUUGGAAUCAGAUGCAGGAGCCGCGUGAAUAUACUAUUAACGAGCAGCUUCAUCAGCAAUUAGGAGUUCUUGAUGCACAUCAUGACCCAGAUGAUAAUUAUCAUGCUGAUAUGCACGGCCCUAGUAGAGCAGCACAAUACCCAUCAAGACUCUUGGCACCAUCGGUGGUACCAGUGGCACCCAUGAUUUCUAGGGAGGUUCCGCUACCUGAUCCCCAAACACCUAAACCUGCCAACAUGAUGGGUGGUGAUUACUACCCAACAGAAAUUGGGCUGGACGGCAUUCUCUAUGAUUCUCCGAAAUCUGACUCAGAGCCAGCUGAUGUGCCAACUGUUGAUCCUGCAGAACUGCUAGCGUCACUUGAUCAGUUCCGUAGUGUUACAAAGAAGAGAAAACGCCUCAAUUCUGAAGGCAUCCCUGAGGGUGACGAGGAGGAUGUGGAAUUCUUCGCUUCCAAGCAUCAAAGAAAGGUCAAACCCAAGGAAUCAGUCGAUAAAGAAAAAGGGCCAGAUAGUAUCUCUAAACCUGAACGUCGUCCUUCGCGUGUUAACAAACGACAAGAUUAUACUGAGCCAUCAUUGGCGGAUGUAGAGAAUUUGUUAAGUUCGGAAGAAGAAGACGAACAACAGCCAAAUUCAGCGCAGAGUUUGGUUGGCAGCGCUGGUAAGGUAACAGGUGAUGUUGAUCUCGUUGAAAAGGCUUUGAAUUAUUUUGCCAAAGAACAGACAACCCAGAGAGCUGGCUCUACACCCGUCACCAAUGGUAAGAGAAAGCGUGGUCGUCCAAGCCUCGCAUCUAAAAUGGCAGCUUCUCCUAGUGUGGAUUCCUCUUCUAAGCUAUCAAAGUCACCUGCAUCUAUCAAACAUCCUCGAAAAUCUAAAUGGCUUUCAAGACUUGAUGGCGUGGAUGAUCAGGAGGAUAAUAGCUCUGAAGUGUCAGCCACGAGGAGCAGAACCUUGCGCAACAGUGCGCCACUAGAAAUAAAGUCUAGAGCUACUCGACAAACUCUUGCUAAUGCGCGAGGUGGCAAAAGCGAGGCCGAAGCAGAGAGUGAUGAUCCAUUUGAGGACCAGCCUAGGAAGACGCGAGGAACUCGCCAAAACAUGGUAUCAAGAGAGCCGAAGUUGCACAUUAAUAUUUCAGAUGAUGAGUCUGAACGAUCUGGCAACGAAUAUAACGACUAUGGCCGGGAAAUCAGUGAUGGUAGUCUUUUUGGAAACGAUGCAGAGCAUGUUGCUAGUCCAGUUAGCCCUGACAUGUCUGAAGAUGAAGACCAAACAAAUGAUAAAAUAGCCGAAAAUUCUAACAAUGAUACUACAUCACCAGAAGCUAACAAAACAAGACUAUCGGAGCAGUCUAUUCAUGCAUCUAUUGAGGAGCCAGUAGUUGUCAAGAAACGAAGAGGUCGACCACCGAAGAAGACGCAAAACACACGCCCCAUCCAAGCAAUGCCCGAAUUGCGAUCACCAUCUUCGUCUAAAUCGCCUCCACCACCUGGGGGCUCUAAUUCUAUAGUCGGUAAACCGAGCCAGUUCCUUUCACUUCGUGAGAAGCUUGCCCUUAAAGGAAAGAAGCCGAAGAUUGUCUCGCAACAAUCCAAGCAAAAGAAGAUUGAUGAGCAGCAGCAAAGACAAUCAGCUACACCAAGCGCUAGAGAUAUGUCAUCCAAGGUGGUCAAUUCAGCCCAACAGUCACUGUUGUUCACUCCCGUCGAUGGUACAUGUCCUAGCAAUUCAAUCCCUCUACCAAAAACAGUCUCUGGAACAUCUUCAACUGUACCUUCACGCCAACAAUCUAUAAGCCAUGAUGAGAUGCCCGGUACGGUGACUAACCCAGCGACAGAUGCCCAGAACAUCUCAUUGAAAGACACCAUCUCACCUGCUCCUAAUGGACAAGCUUCAUCAUCAAACAAUAGGAGCAUUUCAGCACAGCCCGUCAAGAACGGACUAACAGUCGUGCAUCUUGAUAACGACAACGAUAACAAGCCAGUGAAGAAAGGGCCCACAGUCGUCCGACUCAUAGAAUCAGAAUCUGAGACCGAAUCCGACCAUGAUGAUGACUCGGGAACGAAAAACUUAGGUCCAUCCAAAUCAGCUAGGAAGGAGAGUUUCAGCGAAGAAUCAGAUGAGGAAGGUUGGUCGAGUUCAGAUGAUGAUAUUCCUGCUGUUAAAGCUGUUAAACAUGUCAGUAUGUCACCGGCGCCUCCAACCUUGAAGUCCCCGGUCGCGACAAGAGGAAGAGGUAGACCCCCCAUCCCUAGAUGA